GCUGGUAGUUUCCCGUCAGGGUAGGACGAGCAGAGGGGAUCGGGGACAGCGGCGAAGCGAAACAGAGCGGGCAUCGUCAUACCAUCAAGAGCUUCCAUCGCUGCGCCUCAACGAGUCCAUUCGUCAGGGAAGAGGCGACCCCGCCCCAGGAAACUAGCGUACUGCACUAACGCUAUCGUCGCCGUUGUGUCUUCAUCGUUACUAUCACCAUCAGUACAGUACCAUGGAGGUCGAGGUGCCACAGGUGGAGGAAAGAAAUACCUGUCCUCUAUUUCCCCAGAGUAGGAACAAAUGGUGCAAUGGAUAUGAACCUGAUUGAUAUUCUCUGGAGGCAAGAUAUAGAUCUUGGAGCAAGGCGUGAAGUUUUUGACUUUAGCCAAAGACGGAAGGAAUAUGAGUUUGAGAAACAGAAAAAGCUUGAGAGCGAGAGACAGGAACAACUUCAGAAAGAGCAAGAAAAAGCCUUCCUAGCCCAGGUGCAGCUGGAUGAAGAAACAGGUGAAUUUGUUCCUAUUCAGCCUGCUCAAGCCAUUGAAUCAGGAAACACCAUCAUAUCUAAUAACUAUUCACAGGGUGUUCACAUUUCCAAACAAGAUGCAGAUGAACUGUUCUUUGAUGACUGUAUGCAGUUGUUGGCAGAAACUUUCUCAUUUAUAGAUGAUAAUGAGGUUUCCUCAGCUGAAUUUCCAAAAGUGGCAUCUUCUGAGAUUGAUAGAAACCAAGUGUUUGUUGAUUCUAAUAAGAUGCAGCCACUUGACUCAUCUCUCCUUCAGUCUACCAUUCCAGAGUCUAUAGUUGCAGAUGCUGAGAUGACACAAGACAUAGAACAAGUGUGGGAAGAACUGAUGUCUAUUCCAGAGCUGCAGUGUCUUAACAUUCAGAAUGACAAGCUGAUUGAAGUAACUCCAAACAUAUGCUCAGAAAAUACAGCAUCAGAGGCCGAUAUUAACUUUAACUUCUAUGAUUCAUUACCCACUAUGGAGAAAGUUGCCAAUUGCAGUCCAGAGUUCAGCCCUUUGGAAACUUCCUUUUCUAACAUAUUACUGCCAGAAGAUCUUAGCCAAAAUAACACAUUAUCUACAAGCACUGAUUUUUGUGAGGAUUUCUACUCUUCCUUUAUUGAUGUGAAGAUGAACAUGUCUCCUCCCACACCAGAUUUUGUGGAUCAGGCACUUGCUGGAGUUCUAAAUGAACCUAUUGAUCUUUCUGAUUUUGCUCAGUGCAAAGCUUUUAACCGUGACCUUGCAGAAAACACCCGAGAAUGUAAUGAUUCUGAUUCUGGCAUUUCACUGAACACAAGUCCCAGUACAACAUCUCCCACUCAUUCUAUUGAGUCAUCUUCUAUCUAUAGAGAUACAGGCUUCGGAUACAGUGAUUCUGAAAUGGAAGAGAUUGAUAGUGCCCCUGGAAGUGUGCAACAGAGCAAUGCUAAAAUGCAUUCAUUUCAGUUCCAUGCUCCAUUCUCUCCCUCUCCAGGACAAAGUAGCCCAAACCAUAAGUCACAGCUUACAAGUACUCCCAAAAAAGAAUUGCCUGCAAAUCCUGGUUAUGCUGAAGCUCCGUUUAUGAAAGACAAGUCCUACAGUCAACUUGAAGCUCAUUUCACCAGAGAUGAGCUUAGAGCAAAAGCUCUGCGUAUCCCUUUCCCUGUUGAAAAAAUAAUCAAUCUCCCUGUGGAUGACUUCAGUGAAAUGAUGUCUAAGGAGCAGUUCAGCGAGGCGCAGCUUACCCUGAUUCGUGACAUACGCAGGCGAGGCAAGAAUAAAGUGGCUGCUCAGAACUGCCGUAAAAGGAAACUGGAAAACAUAACAGAGUUGGAGUAUGACUUAGGUUAUCUUAAGGAUGAAAGAGAGAAGCUCCUUAAAGAGAAAGCAGAAAAUGACAAAAGCCUGCAUCUGCUGAAAAAGCAGUUGAGCACCCUAUACCUUGAGGUUUUCAGCAUGCUCCGGGAUGAAGAUGGCAAACCUUAUUCACUUAAUGAUUACUCACUGCAGCAAACAAGAGAUGGCAGCAUCUUUCUUAUUCCUAAGAGCAAGAAACCAGAGACUAAAUUUUGAAGAUCAGGGAGGGAGACUAAUACUCUCUGAACUAGUAUUUUUUUCAUUGGUAUCAUCUACUAGCAGGACUUCCUAUGAUGCAAAAUGUAUUUUCAAGUGACUUCACACAACUAUCUUUCUAGAGUCAAGUAUAUGAAUGCACUUAAAAUCAGUGUAAAACAAAUGUAUGCACAAUGGAUAUUUUUACGAGCACUAGUUCUUUUUUAUAUAGCAGCAACUUGACUAGUUUCUGUUCUAGUGUAAAUAUUUCAAAAUUUCUUAUUUAUAUACUGUUCCUAUACUUUGUUUUACUCAGCUGUGUAUUAAGUGUGAUUUAAAAUUUGUAAUCCUAAUUACUUUACAAGACCAAUCUUAUAUUUUCAGGUUCAUAAUUUGAUAAAUAUGACUGGAACAUUUGCAGUUCCUUGCAAAUGUUUCCUUGCUUUGCUUUAUUAUGAGAUUGAAUGUAGUGUUAGUAAACACAUAUAAUAAAGUAAUAUCAUUAGGACAGUCCAGCACAUUGAAGACUCAUUACUUUCAAAAGGAGAAUUAAAUGCAUGCUGCCUUUCUCAUUGAAAUGAAUGGAGCUUCAAGGUGUUACUUUUCAGAUGGAUUGCGUUCUUAAGUUGAAGCUUUGUUUUGCAUACAAGUGUAUGCUGUAAGUAAUGCUAAUAUCUAGAUUUUAUACAUUUAAAAAUAAAGUAAACAUACUCUUAGCCUAGAUUGUUUCAUUAGAAUGUGGUCUUAUCACAUUGCUUACAACUGUACCAUAUUGGAACAAAGUGACAUCCAAUUAUGUGAUUAUGUAAUGGAUUCCUAUUUACUCAAUUGAGCUUCCCCUUCCUCUCCAUAUAGCUCCAAACAUCUAUUUCAAUGGGUCUUCUCAACCCUCUGGAGCAGAUUUUGGGGCACACGAGAGAAAAAAGGGAAGCCCACUCACAUGGUGUUGGAUGUCAAUUAUUACUGGCUACAGGAUAAAGCUUUCUGCAAACCUAAGCAUUCGUUAGCAUGGACUAUAUGCAGUUCAAGUAAUAGUUCUGCGACUGUAUUACUCGGUACUUGGCUUCAUCCAAUGAAUUUGUCCAGUUAGCACAAGGACUUCUUCCUGGGCAAUGGGACUUCCUCUUCCCGUGCCAUCCCCAAGGAACAGAUUCAGGGAGCGGGGGGGGGGGGGAGACAUUUUAAGUCCAGUUGCACAGGUAGAAGUCCUUACACUAACAGAACGACUUUAUUAGAUACAAUCCUCCGACUAUAAGCCUUAAUAUAGAAAACCUUCUGUGGGUGCAGAAAGUGGCUUUCCAACAAGGAAAACGGAGCCAAUUCAGUUAAGUAAAAUAUGUAGUCUUCAGCAUUAAUUUAACGUGUGGCUUUCCAGUACUUUGAUCAUACACAGGCACAAAAUUCAGUCCCACUUAUUUCAUUGGAACUGAAAUACCAUGAAUAGUAUUGUAAUACGAUUCAUCCUGAUUCAUAUUAAAAGGGCUUUGCUAGAUGAUAAAAGUAUCUGGUUUCAAUGAUGGAUUAACUGUUUUGCUUUUAGAACAUGUGAGAUAUAGAAAUUAAACAGGCUACCUGAGUUUUUCAGUUCUGAGCAUGUCCAAUAAGGCCUUUUUUGUUUGGAGUAAAAUGAGGAAAGUGUUUUCAUGAAACACAUUGAUCAGCUGAAAAACGACACCACCCCUCCCACUUCUGUACCCAUUACUCUUCUCACAUCCAUCAAAGAAAUCACACGCUUUCUAAAACAUCCCACAUUUAAUUCCUUUUUAUUCAGAAUGUAAAACUUCUUGCUCCUAGUAUUCAUCACAGGUAUUGCAUUCUGGCAGUGAAGCAUCUGAUAGGAUUGUGGUUGAUCUGGUGUGAUAGUAUACAAUGUAAUUCCAAGUGGUCAAGGAAUUAAGUUUUCAAUCUUUAAAGCUAGCUUCUGAAGGAAAAGCAAGAGAUCAGGAUUAUUAUCAUCAGGCAGGCUUAGGGUCAGAAGUAGUUUAUGGGUUCAGUUCCUAGAAGGGAGAGGGAGUCCCGGUGCAAAAGACAUAGAUCAGGGGGUGGCCACACCCCUCAAGUGCUUUUUGAUGGGUGGAAUGAGUCUUUGAACUGCAAUAAUUAUCUCUUGCUUGCCUGGAUUGAAAAAGGUAUGUGUGGUGAGGCUUUAGAAACCUUUGGCUUUUGCAUGGCUGGAAUGUAGCCUGGAGUUAAGAGUUGCAUCUGUUGCUCCAUCUGCUUUUUGCCUGUGGCCCUACUCGGCACUAGUGUGUGGCCCCUGGAAGGUAGUCCACAAGGGAAUAUGGCCAUCCAGAUGAAAAAGGCAGCAGGAAAGGACGCUUGAGGGAAAAAGCAGAUAAGGGCCUUGGAAAUGUUUUUGGCAGAUCUUAAUGCUUGGUAGGUGCCCAUGCUGGGGUAGUGAGACAGAAGUUGUAGGAACGUCGGCUACAGGAAAUAAGACAGAAACUGCAAGAGGUUGAAAAGCCCAGGCUGAAGGAAACAAUUGUCAGAGUUCAUAUAUCUUUAUCCCAUACUGCCUGCUCCAUUGAGUGCAUGGUAGCAUAUGUAGUCUUUCCCCCUCUCAAUUUUAUCCUCAUUAUCACCUUAUAAUGUAGUUUAGGCUAAGAUACAGUGAUUGGCCCAAAGUCACUCAAUGUUUAAUGAGCAAGGCCUUUGAAGCUGGGUCCUGCCAGUUGUGGUCCAGCACCCUUAACCACUGCUACUACUGUGAAUUUACAGCUGGAGGUGGAACUACAGCUGCUUAAGUUCUUAGCAGGCAGCCACACCUCAUUUUCCCUUAAUUACAGGGGCAAAGAAGCCUAGUUCUUACUGCUUAAGGCAACACAUGGAAAGGCAAAGCUGAUUUUCUAAUCCACCCCAGCCUUGGUGUGCUUUCUAGUGUCUGAAUUGUCCUUGUUAUUACGUGAAGAAAUAGCUUUCUCAAUUUUUUCCAGUUCUUGACUCUUUCAAAGGCUGAAAUUUACCCCUAAAGUAGAGGCUAGAAUCAAAGGCUGCUGCCACACAUCCAAGGAUGUGUACAGUUUGUAAAACUAAUGGAAGGAUGCCAUUCCAACAUUCUCUUGAGUAAUCCAGAACUCUUCAACUUCAAUAUAGAAGCUAGAAGGAAAACACAUGCAAAUGGAUUGUCAGUGAUGCAGAAAUGAAGACCUAAUAGCCAAAUACAAUUGAAAGGAUUUGCCAACGCUUAUAAUUUAAUAACACUUUAUUGUGUUUGAUCAAGAUGGGUUGGAGAUACUUUUCAGCUUGUGGAAAAUAGAUGGUUGUAUUUGUUCAGGAAUAGUCACCCUGCAGAGCAGAAGAGAAAAUACAAAAAAUUUAGCACAUUAAGAACUUCAAGGAGCAUCCCAGCCUUGCCACCUAGUCGAUGAACACUUAUACCUUCCUCCAGUACCUAACACUCUUCUCUCUUCCCUACAAGUCUUCUCAAAACCUCAAACAUGCACUUGGCUAAGCCCGCCUGGUUUUGGGACAGCACUUAAACAAGUCCAAACAGAAUUCAGGUCUUCCCUUCAUAGGCAUGGGGCAGCCACCGCCUGCUACUUGGGUAGGAAGAAAAUAGAUGCACACACUUACCCAGUUCUAUCUUCUGUUGGGUGUGUGUGCCAAAUGAAAACACAAGCACCUUGGCCGUACCUAUUUUAGAAAAGAAAAAGAGCACAGGCACUGUUACUCAGAUGCCUUAGAACAGCAGCAAACUGCAAUCCAUCUCUCUAGUGCAGUAGUUUUGGAUAAGACACAGAUUAGGGCCUUGGCCCUGUAACACUGUGUGCCCUACAUUAACCAUAAUGUUUGAUGCAUCUACCUGUAGACAGGAGAAAUCUACAAAUGUGUAUUUUUCCAAUCCAAUUUAAUGGUUGAAUAGGAGUGGGAAUGUGAUGCUGACAAAGCCUACAUGCCAAACAGGCAAGAGCCUACCCUCAUUAGCACGCAGACCCACCACAGAUAAAGAAUAAGGCAAAAACGUUCUAAGUAUUUCUUGUAUUAUGCAGUAUUCAAGAUUAAGGAAAUAUUAUGUGGGAAAAUCCCAACAAGAUACCAGACAGCCAUUCUUAAAGAUUAAGGUUACCUGAAAGCCAAUUAUUUGGAAGGGACAUCACGUACUCGAGUUCCAGACCAGUAAAUUACCGAUUUUCUUGUCUGAAAUUCAGUAAUUAAGAAUAUUACCAACAGGAAAUCUUCAGUAUUCAACUGCAUUCUUACCACUGUAUUACCUAUUUACUUGGAGACCAAUUCUAGCAGUUUCAAUGUGACUAGCUUCCAAAUAAAGCUUCAAGGCCCAAUCACACUAUCAGGUGUGUGAUGGCAGUUGGAAUUCAAGUCGAGAUUGAUGCAAAUCUUUGCAUCAGUAUACAAUUUAUUUGCUGGGUUUCCCCAAACCUAUUUAUACUAAUGAACAUGAAAUUCAGUUUAAAAACACUUUUACUUUGUGGGAAGUUAGCAUAAAAAGAUGUAAUCUUGUAUAAACUAUUUUGCAUGUGCAAGGCCAAGUCCCACUUCAAAUAUUGCCUCAUCAAAACAACUCAUUACACAAGCUACACCUAAGUGCUCAAAUACAAUCUGGAUGAUACUGACUUACCUUUUAGGAUUCUUGCAAGCAUUGCUAAAGCUCUUGAAAGUCGUAUCAGUGCUGAAUGCCACCAGUUACAAUUUCUCUAUAAAUCAGCCAGAUGAGAUCUUCACUUUUAAUGCUGGAUUGCUCACAUUUGGAAGUACUAUGAGGAAGUGUUGACACUCACCUUAUAUUUGCAUAUUUGCUGUAUUUUCAAAGCCCAAAAUACAGUCAUGGGCACAUCAAUGUUUUAUAUUGUACUAAAGAGCCUUAUCAAGCCACAUGUUUUCCAGCACGUAAGACAUCCACAUCUGGUCAAGCAAGGGUUUCUUCUACAAUCUGCAAGUCACAAGAGAUUUUUCUUACCUUGUUCAGAAAAGAGUUGUUCUUUAAUUCAUUAAAAGUGUUAGAGACAAACCUUACCUAUUCUUAUUCCCCUUCCUUUCAGGUCUAAAUGCUAGACCUAUGACUCUGGGUCAACCCAAGUCAAGUAGCUAUGACUCAAGGAGGUUCCAACUGGUGAAGAACUCUUGCUAGACUUUCUUCGAUAUUUCAGGAGUGAUAGGCAGUUAUAACUAGCUUUUGGAAAGCUGCCCACUAUCAGCAUAGUAUCUUAUGCCUUCACUUUUGUGGAAGUUGAAGCUGGUGCUGUCGCUGCCUUGUCAUUCUUUAAUUAUGCUGACUUGUCCACAUACACAAUAGGCUGAUGGAAGUCCUGUCUGAGUCUCCUUUGAUCCACACUUUGGCUAAGAGAUACAUCCUAAAGUCUUUAAAGCUGGUUAAUUGCUGUCCUUUGCUUACACUUCUCCAAAUUCACAUCAGAGAACUAGGUCUAAGUCACUGGCACCAAUAACUGGCACAGACUGCAUAAUUAAGAAGUGCAGAACAGUUUAACAACUAUAAAAUUGUACUUUUCCUACGUGCCAUCAAGAUCCCACCUCCCCAUUCCAGUAAGAAGAGAUCAAUCCAUCAUCCAGUAAUAUCUCUGCAAUCAAUAGGCCUGGAAGGGAUGAUUUACAUCCACCCUAUUCUUGUAAGAAGAAAUUUACACAUACAGGUUAGUAAUGGGAAGAUGCCAUACCACAAUACCAAACAGAUCCCCCUGCAACAAGUUUUUCCUCCUGGAUUAUAGAACACAGUUUCCUGAAAUGUUAUACUGAGAGGCCAACCACCCACCACCUGAAUAUAUACUAUGAUACUGCAGAGCUUCAGGGCUGUAUCAGUGCUUGACCCUUGGUUUAGCACACUUAUACUUUUUGAGAUUUAACCACAGCAUUCUACACCCAACAACCAUAACUGUAUGCCUUGUUUAACAGGACAGAAUCAAGAUGCUUGUAUUUCAGACUCAUCUUCCACAUGCCAAACAUAUACACUGGUUGAACCUACAACCAAUUUAGAGCAACAUUUUACAGUGUCUGAUAAUCCAUUCCUGUACUGGAAUUAGGUUUACCUUAAUACUGUUCAUUGGCCUAGAGAAGAAGUAACAGGAGAAAAAUUCCAGCAUCAUACUGGCAAGUGUCUGAGUUUCUUCUACUCAGUGUGCCCUACUCUUCAGGAUGUGUACUGAGAGAAAGCACUGCUCUGGCAAUAGUUAAAAGAGAAGUCUGAUCAGAUUGAGAAGGACAGCAAAUUACCCGGGAACAUGGCUGUACACAAAUUUGGGCAAGUGAAGGAGUAGACCACACCCCUAUGGUUUUGAAUUCUAUCAAGUUUUGACCACAUGAUUCACAUGUAUAAAAAUAUGGAUUUAUAGCCACAAGACUUGUUAACGACAAAUAUAUUUAAUGUUCAGCCCAGAUAUUUCCUAUUGCUAGAAAGGAUUGCUACAUUGCAGUUUUCACUUCACUUUCAAGGCCUAUGAUCAGGGCAUUAGAAAGUGUGUGAAAUGUGUAAGUUUGCUGAUGGUCAAGAAGUUUAUACUCAUCACAAGAAACUUGGAGGGAUUGUGGCUGUACUGUAAGUUUGCUCCAGAUAGAAAGGGCAUGGAAAAAUACACAAAGUAGACAUAAUGACCAUUACAGAUGAACCCAUAUUUUUAGGGAAAAAAUAUAGACAAAUGAAGUUAUACAAUUAAGCUAAGUAACAGACCCAAGUUAUUGGUUUCAAAGUUUUAAUUCAAAAAGAGUUUGUGCACACGCACUUAAUCUGUUUGCUGUUUGGGGGUGGGUGUUAAGCUUCAAUAGUAAUAAACCUGUUCUGCCAGUGCUUAAUGUAGUUCCUGUAUAUAUCAGUGAAAUGGGAGGCAAACUGAAUAAAGCUUUAAAAUAUCUC